GCCGGGCGCCUCCCGCCCGCGGCCCGACCCCGCCGCGGCUGUCCCUGCUGGUGACGCUCGGUGCGCGCGUCCGCGGCGCUCCCCCGCCCGUCGGCCCGGCCCGGCCCGGCCCGGCGCGGCGCGGCCCCGGCGCGCAUGGGGGUGCUGGAGGCGCUGAGCGCCGGCGCGGCGCGGCUUCUCUUCUACCCGUCGCUGCUGUACACGGUGGCGCGGGCGCGGCUGCCCGGGUCCCGCCGGCCCUGGUUCCACCGCAUCGACGAGGUCGUGCUGCUCGGGGCGCUGCCGCUGCGGGGGCGCAUCCGCAGGCUGGUGGCGGAGGAGAACGUGCGCGGCGUGGUCACCCUCACCGAGGACUACGAGACCCGCUUCCUCUGUUUUUCUCCCCAGGAAUGGGAGGCAAUGGGAGUGGAGCAACUGCGUCUUAGCACUGUGGAUCUAACUGGAGUCCCCACCUUGGAAAACCUGCACAAGGGCGUGGAGUUCAUCCUGAGGCACCGGGCCCAUGGUAACAGUGUCUAUGUGCACUGCAAGGCAGGACGCUCCCGCAGUGCCACCAUGGUGGCAGCAUACUUAAUUCAGCUGCAUCACUGGAGCCCUCAGGAAGCAAUAGAGGCCAUUGCCAAGAUUCGUCCCCACAUCCUCAUUCGACACAAGCAAGUCCAGGUCCUGGAGAAAUUUCACAGGAACAUGAUCACUGGGAGAACUGCAUAACUUAGUAAAAACUAAUCAAAAUCAGAAUCAAAAUCCUCAUUCCAGCUGAUAUAAAAAAAGUUUUUAUGGUCUAACAAAAGCUUAAGGGUUUUCAUUCUUGACAAUCAAUAAAGAACAUUUUACAGUAAAGGGGAAACAGGGCUGUUUCAUUAAAGCUUUCUUUCCUUCUGGCUAAUGUCCUAGA